AUGGAAUCAACACCAAAUCAUAUCGAGAGUAUCUGUGUAUUUUGUGGAUCGAGACCAGGUGAUAGUGAGGUUUUCACAGAGGUUACAAAGAAGUUGGGUGAGGAGAUGAAUAGAAGAAAAUAUGGAUUGGUCUAUGGUGGUGGUAACGUUGGUCUGAUGGGUACCAUCUCAGAGACUAUUCACAACGGUGGUGGUAGAGUGCAAGGUAUUAUUCCACACGGUCUUGCACCAAAGGAGAUCUCUGGUACCUCCAUGGGUGAAGUUGUCUACGUCGAGGAUAUGCACUCUCGUAAGAAGAUCAUGUAUGAGAGAUCCGAUGCAUUCAUCGCUUUGCCAGGUGGUAUCGGUACAUUCGAGGAAUUAUUUGAAACAUUGACAUGGAUUCAAUUAGGUAUCCACUCAAAGCCAGUUGGUAUUCUUAAUAUCGAUGGUUACUAUACACAUUUGCAAGCAUUGCUGGAAACAUCGGCAAAGCGUGGUUUCAUUGAUCAAAAGUUUAUAAAUUCAAUUGUAUUUAGCGAUGAUCCAAUCGAUUUGCUCAACAAAUUAGAAACAACCAAACCACCAUCAUCACUUUUCAAAUGGAUUAAAACUUCACAGAUUUAA